AUGGUGGCCGAAGAACCCCAUGAGUACAUCCUGGGCGGGAGCGCCACAGAAUUGGACCGCAUCCACGGCUUUCACGACUCAACCGUCGAUCACAUAGGAAAACUUGUACUUGCCCCUGUCGACUUUGUCGCAUCGGGUGGUCGUCGGCUGCGCAUACUGGACUCCGGUACUGCGGCUGGUCGCUGGCUCCAGGAUCUACGGGACGAACAGGGCUCCCAGCACGAAUAUAUUGGGACGGACAUUACGGAGUCGUUCUUUCCCUCUGCUUCUUCGCAGGCUACGAGGAACCAGGAUAGAGAAGAAGGUGGGGAUGCAGGAAUUGUGUACAAGACGCAAGAUGUUACACAGCCGUGGCCAGCGGACUGGGCCGCCUCGUUCGACCUCGUGCAUCAGCGCUUCGUUCUAGGUGCAGUGCGCAGCGAGCAGCUCGAAGACGUGGUCGCCAAUCUGGUCGCGCUGGUCAAACCUGGAGGCUGGAUCCAGCUCAUGGAGUCGGAUGUCGGUGCGCCGGUUAUCGGCGAGAAGGAUAACGCCGCAGCCGUGGUAUGGGGGCUGCUACGCAAGAUUUACCUCACCAUGGGCGUUGAGCCGGACGUUGACACGCAUCUGUCAGCGUACUUUGCACGUGCGGGCCUGGUGGACGUGAGUGAGCAGAGGAUUGUUGUCCCGAUUGGGAAGCGCAGGGCGGAUGUGGAUAUGGGUCGUAGGAGCGCUGAGACGGUGGCGCUCACGGCUCAACAGCUGGUUAUGGGGGCUAAACACGUGGGUGUUGCGGAGCUGGAUAAGAUGGAUUUGAACGACCUUCCGAGUAAGGUGCUUCGUGGUCUGGAAGAAUAUGGAGGGACGUACUCCGUAUACGUUAUCAUGGGUCGGAAACCGUGA